GAAGUACGGUGAAGUACGACCUUGGGUGCGGUGGUGGAGCUAAAAGCUGCGGGGUCGGGUCGUUUUGAAGCAGUUUCACAGGCAUCUAGGUGUCCGCUGAACUUCGGACCGGCUGUGAAAAUGGACAAGAGCAAAUUUCUUGCACUCGCCCGGAAAUUCAAUUGUGUUUUAUUUGAAGAUAAUGGGCUGCGCUCCGGCACGCUGCCGCUGGUGGUGGCUGGCCACACAGUGGGCCUGGUGCGUGCCGAGCUGCUGCCGCUGGUCGGCGCUGCAUCCAUCUUCCACGUGUCCGAGAGCGCCGUCACGCUGGACCCCGUGCUGGACACGCCCGCCGCCCGCUCAGAGGCCAUGGCCCAGCUGCUGGAGCGGUGGCGCGACCAGGAGGACCUGGUGGCGCUCAGAGGCUGGCGUAAUGAGUGCUACGACGUGCGGGUCUCCUUUUCCAGUCAGCCUCUGCUAAAAAUGGAACGUUCUGCCACCAGCGUGUUCGGCAUCCGACAGUACGGCGUCGACCUCAACGGCUACACGCGCCACCCGGACAAGGGCCUGUGCGUGUGGAUCCAACGACGCUCGCUGCAGAAGCCCACCUGGCCCGGCAAGCUAGACAACAUGGUGUCUGGCGGUCUGUCCUCUGGUCUGGGCCUGGUCGAGGCCAUGCGGAAGGAGGCGUGGGAGGAGGCCGGCAUCCCCGAUCACCUGCUGUCCGGGCUGACCUCUACCGGAGCCGUGUCCCUGUUCUACCGGAGCGAGCGCGGCCUGUUCCCCAACACCGAGUUUGUGUACGACCUGGAGCUGCCGGCCGACUUCGUGCCGCAGCCGCAGGACGGCGAGGUGGAGGAGUUCCGACUGGUGUCCGUACAGGAGCUGAUGGAGCUGGUAUGCAGUGCCGAGUUCAAGACCACCAGCGCGCCCGUCACGCUCGACUUCCUCGUGCGUCAUGGCUUCAUCACGCCCGACAACGAGCCCCACUACCUGGAGGUGUGUGAGCUGCUACACGUGCCGCUGCAGGUCGUCUACAACACGGGCCGGCUGUUUGGCGGCCUGCGGCCCGUCUGAGCGGUGUCCCGGCGACAGAGCGUCCCUCUUCCCUGCCCCGUCGCGAGCCGCAGGGGUGGCGACGAGCUGGAUGUGACCGCACCGGCCGGCGGAACCGUCACCUCGGGUGGAGCACCGACACUGACGGGAGCGGUCGGCGCCGGCGGUGCUCAGAGGUGACCGCGCAGCUCCAGCGCCGCGCCACGCGCGUCAUGCUCCGAUGCCAGGAUGCCCCUCAGGUGACCGCGUGGCCCCAGCGCCAUGGCGUGUGAUACUCUCCGACUGUUUGGUGUGGCGUCAGUAUGAGGGGGCGUCUCCCGGUCCCGCCAGCCCCGGCAGGCGCGCUGGGUGGCUGUUGGGGAGCAGAGUGGGGACGCCCCGCGGGCGGGUGGGCACGGCCGUCCGCUCGAGGCGCGGGUCAGCGCUCGAACGAGCGGGGCGGGCGACCGACGCGAGCUGUUUGUUGCGUGGUGAUGACCUCCGUCGGAUCCGCCGGCUGGAACAUCGCGCCGCCGGCCCGCCAGGGUCCCGGACGCGCCAGGCGAGCCGGGCGGCCCCGUGCUGGCGUGGCCGAAAAUGAUAUCGGUGUUGAGCGAAGACUAGCUGACGGUCUCAUGGCACGAUGCGGGUUUUUAGAAGAUGGGCAGUGGCUCCGUCGCGUAACGUCCUGAAUGUUUUAGAACCUUCUCAGCACAGGCAGGGGUUUCGCCUUGAAGCGUGUUAAGCACGGCACUUCUCACGCCAGUGUGUUUUGUUCUGCGUGGAUUUACUGCGGUCUUGUUGCAUGCAGGAUCACUUAAUAAGAAUAUAUUAGUCAUUUUGCGCAGACGCAUCUGUAGCCCACAUG